UUCAAGUCCCUUAGAAAGACGGAGAUAGGGAAAGGAUUGAUCUGAUUGUUCCCUUUCUGCCCACACCUGGACAGGAGUUUGCGGCUCUGACGAAAGAAUUGAACUUAUGUCGGGAGCAGCUUCUGGAGAGGGAGGAAGAGAUUGCAGAGCUGAAGGCAGAACGGAACAAUACGCGGCUCCUCCUGGAACACCUGGAGUGCCUGGUGUCCAGGCAUGAAAGGUCACUGCGCAUGACUGUGGUGAAGCGCCAGGCCCAGUCCCCGGGCGGGGUCUCCUCGGAGGUGGAGGUGCUUAAGGCCCUAAAAUCCCUCUUCGAGCACCACAAGGCUCUGGAUGAGAAGGUCCGGGAAAGGCUUCGGAUGGCGUUGGAGAGAGUGGCGGUGCUAGAAGAGGAGCUGGAGCUGAGCAAUCAGGAGACUCUGAACCUUCGAGAUCAGUUAUCUAGGCGGCGGUCGGGGCUGGAAGAGCAGGGCAAGGAUGGGGAUGGGCAGACCCUUGCCAAUGGCCUGGGUCCUGGCGGGGAUUCCAACCGGCGCACAGCAGAACUGGAGGAGGCCCUGGAGCGGCAGCGUGCGGAGGUGUGCCAGCUGCGGGAGCGCCUGGCGGUGUUGUGCCGUCAGAUGAGCCAGCUGGAGGAGGAGCUGGGCACCGCUCACCGCGAGCUGGGUAAGGCGGAGGAAGCAAACUCCAAGCUGCAGCGCGACCUCAAGGAGGUGAGGCUGGAGCCCCUGGAGGGCUGCCCU